AGACCUGAUAAGAAAAUGAAGAAGAAGAAAAAAAGAUAGCAGGGCACGAACAUGUAGCCAUCUGGAAGCUUUGCCAGUUGUCUCGCAACUCCUAGAGAGAGAGGAACUAAAGCAAAUAUGCCCCAAUCAGCUACCACAAACCUGGGCUACACUCCUCCAGAUGGAGGCUGGGGCUGGGCUGUGGUGUUUGGAUCCUUCAUCUCCAUCGGCUGCUCUUACGCCUUUCCCAAGUCCCUUACCAUCUACUUCAAGGAAAUCCAGGAGUAUUUCUCCAUCUCCUACAGUGAGAUAGCCUGGGUCUCCUCCAUCAUGCUGGCUACCAUGUAUGCAGGAGGACCUGUGAGCAGUAUUUUGGUGAACCGCUAUGGGAGCCGCCCAGUGGUGAUAGUUGGUGGGCUAAUGGUUGGGGUUGCUAUGGUAGCGGCUUCUUUUGGCACCACAAUUUUUCAUUUGUAUUUAUGCGUGGGAGUCAUUGGAGGCUUUGGCUUAGCUUUUAACCUGCAACCAUCUCUUACGAUAAUCGGUAAAUACUUCCUUGUGAAAAGGCCAAUAGCAAAUGGCCUGGCAAUGGCGGGUAGCCCGGUCUUCCUGUCCACCCUGGCUCCCCUCAACCAGUUUCUCUUUGACCAUUUUGGAUGGCGAGGAAGCUUCCUCAUACUCGGAGGAGUGCUGCUCAACUGCUGCGUAGCAGGAUCCCUUAUGAGGCCCAUCAAGAUAAAAACAAAACUGCCAGUGAGGAAAACCACUGAUGAGAAUGACACAGGAAAACUGGACGUCACCUCUCAGACAGCUGGACAAGACGAGUCCAAGCAGUCAGUCUGUGCCACGAAAGUCAACCAAUUCAUUGAUGUCUCCCUCUUCAAGCACAGAGGUUUCCUUAUCUAUCUGGUGGGGAAUGUGCUCAUGUUUUUUGGAUUUUUUGCUCCAGUGGUCUUCCUGGCACCAUAUGCCAAGCAUCAGGGGAUAGAUGAGUACUCCGCAGCAUUCCUGCUCUCCAUAUUCGCUCUAGUAGACAUGUUUGCACGUCCAGGAACGGGUUUGGUCGCCAACACCAGAUGGAUCAGACCCAAGAUCCAGUAUUUCUUCAGCUUCGCUGUGACAUAUAAUGGCCUGUGCCAUAUGAUGUGUCCGCUCUUACCAGGUUACAGUGGCCUGGUGGUGUACGCAGUGUUCUUUGGCCUGGCUUUUGGGAUGGUGUGUGCUCUCCUGUUCGAGGUACUCAUGGAUUUGGUGGGAGCCCAGCGGUUCUCCAGUGCGGUUGGGCUUGCUACCAUUAUAGAGUGUGGGCCUGUCCUGCUGGGGCCACCAAUCUCUGGUUUGCUGGUCGACAUCUUCAUGGACUACAAAUACAUGUACUUUGCUUGUGGCAUGAUGAUGCUGCUUGGAGGUAUCUUCCUUUUCAUCAUGAACUAUUACAACUACAGAUGGUUGGAAAAGGAAGGGAAACAGAGAAAGGUGGUAGAGCUAGAGAUCGGCUCAGCCAAAGUGCUUGCUGCUAAUGAGGAGGACAAAGACAACGAGGAAGAGAUCAAACUCAACACAGAGGAAGCAGCAGACUCCACCAGCAAAGAGCGUUCUCUCUGUCUUACUGAUGUUCUGAAUAUCAUUCUAUCUAUCUGUCGUUCUGUCCACAUGUCUAUUGAAGUAAUUCUGUCAACUUAUCUAUCAUUAUAUAUAUAUAUAUAUAUAUAUAUAUAUAUAUAUAUACCUGUAUGUGUUUCUGUUUAUCUCUUUCUUUCUCUUGUUCUACCUGUCAGUUCUAUCCAUAUGUCUAUCCAUCUGCCAUUCUAUGUCUUAAUAUCUGUUCUGUCCGUCAGCCUAUCGUUCUGUCUGUCAAUUUAUGUUGUUCUGUCUACUUAUUUAUUGUUCUGUCAUUGUAUUUAUACGUCUGUAUAUCUAUCUGUCGUUCUGUCAUUCUGUCUGUCUGAUAGGUAGAUGUCUGUCUACCUAUCUAUGUAUAUCUGUUGUUCUAUCUAUAUGCCUGUCUGUCUAUCUAUCGAGAGAAAGGCAAAAAGUUGAAAUGAUUUGAUAACUGUUCCUGUAUAUUAUGUUAAAGCUUCCACUGUGAUAUAAGAGACAUAAAGUAGUAACGGCAGGAUUUCAGAAAAUAUCUGACUGCUGAAUGCUGAGACUGACCAAUCAGAAUCAAGUAUUCCAGAAAUCUGCAUUUUGUAAUUUAUUAAGAUUUAUUGCUUUAAUUGUAGAGUUUUCAUUGUAUAUUAUUACUUUAAAAAUUAUAUAGGUUUAAUUUUAAUCUAAAAAAGGUUAUGCAGAUUGGCAAACAGAUGAUGAAAAACAGAUGAGUGUACAUUAUUAUAACGGACAUUCAAAUUCACAGUGACAAAUGAA